AGUGUACGUCACCCCAUUCAAAACAGAGGCAAGCCCGGACACACACCGAGCGAGAGACCGCUCUGCACGACCGAUCCUCCCGCCUCAGACAUCAGCUGAGGUCCGCUGACCCGAACACACCCCCCCACCUCCGGCUCGCUCCCGUGUGUCUCCGAUAUUAGCAUUAGCUGCUGCUUCUUUCCUCAGUGAGCAUCACGCUACCUGCCCGGGCGACUGCUCCACGAUCCUCCACGAUCCUCCACGGAGCUCCCCGCUGCUCCCCGCUGCUCACUCCGGGACAUCGCGAUGGUUUUCGAGGAUGAGCUGAGCACCGCCGCGGCGAACGGACGCACCGCGGAUGUGGAGCGUCUCCUCCAGGCGGGGGCGGACGUUAACGGCCUGAACCGAUUCGGACGGAGGGCUCUGCAGGUGAUGAUGAUGGGGAGCGAGGCGGUGGCUCGGCUCCUACUCACUCACGGAGCGGAUCCCAACGUGGCGGACAGCAGCACCGGGAGCACGCCGCUGCAUGACGCGGCCAGGACGGGCUACUUGGGCACCGUGCAGCUGCUGGUGGAGCACCAGGCUGACCCAGACGCCCGGGACAACGAACAACGUCGGGCCGUGGACUUGGCGGACGAGUACGGCAACAAGAACGUGGUUGCCUUCCUGGAGGAUCCGUGAAAGCCACCGUGCUGCGGGCCGUUGUGAACCGGGAGGCAGAGCUCCUAGAGGCGGGCCCCGCUGCGGAGGUCUGCAGCCUCAAACCGCCUCGUCCCGCUCAGUGACUGCUGUGAGAUCCGUUUUUUAUUUAUUUAUUUCAUUUAAACAAGAUGCUUCACUUCUAACGAAUUCAGGGUCAUCGACAGGCACAGCUUCGCUAGCGUGCUGCAAUAAGAAUCUAGAUGCUGUCACACCUCUGUUUUUAUUUAUUUGUUAGCUUCAGUUGUGUCAUUGAAAUACUCCAAUAAGUGUAUACGCAUCCAGUUGAGGGUUUUACUGGAAUAGUUGUAUAGUAUAGUAUUUUUUAUGUAUCCUUGUGUUUGAUUUUCCUCAUACUUCCAAUAAGCACACUGCAUUUUGAAAAGUUUGCCAUGAAAGACAUUAAACCAAAAGCACAACCAGGCAUUAUAAAAAUGUGUGCACAUUUGAACAUUAGUGUCUUUACUGUGAUGUACUAUUCUGUGAGAAUUAUCCCUAGAGUCCAAUUUCCUCUUCGUAAACAUGAGCAACAGAUCUGGGAUAUGCACUUUAAUUAAAGUCCCUGAGGACAUUUACUCUAAGGUACCAAAAAAACUAAAAUAAUCAAUCUAUGAUUAUUUAUAUUUGAAAUUUGUCACAAGUUUGAAGACCUAAAAUGUUAAAGCACUUUUGAGCCCCUGGCAGAAAAUUGAAAUAUUUUGAAUAAGGUAACUUUUCUUUGUAUUUGCAGCUACAGCUUUUUUAAAAUAUAUAUAUUUAUGAUCGGAUACAGGAAACUGCUACAUAUAACCACUGCAUGAAUUCUGAUUAUGGCUCUUUAUCAUGUUCUUACUGCCGCUCUGGAUUUCACUGUUAGAAACACUGAUCAGAUCAAGGCUAACGGAACAUUCAUUUAUCAGCACUGAAAAUGUUCAGGAGGCUAGAAUAGACACUAUUUGACAGAAAACUGUUAAUUUGUCAGAAGCUACAAUAAUGAAGCACCAUGUUUGUGUAACAUUUAAGCUUUUUCUAAUUAAAGGGAAUCAGGUUUAAUCUGCACUUCAGAUAAGUUGCAAUGUGAGUUUGUAAUGUGUGUGAAAUAAGUGACAAUAAUCAUCUACCCUUUUCUCAAAUUAACAUUAGCUUAUAGUUAUAUUUCAGCCUCUAUAGUUAGUGCAAUCAAAAUAAGAUUUAGCCCCAAACCCACGACAUGUCUGUUUUGUCUCUUUUGGAAUUACAGGCCUGAACACACUGUUUGUGAAUCAACAGAGGAACCAACAAAUGUCAAGCUAAGAAUAUGACGAAACAAUUACAGCUAAAUUUCUGUCCAGCAAACAUUCCUACUUUGAAAAGAAACUCAAAUCUGAAUGGAAAAAUCCAGAAGACAUAACUACACCAAUACUUUAUCCUUUACACUUCCUCUAUAUAUUAUUUUUUAACUCAAAUUCAAACUGUAAAUACUUCGAAAUGCAUUCUUGCACAGGCUCACAUUUUACUGCACGUAUUCUGAUCAAGACAAAACGUGAACUCAGCUCUUUGAAGUCAAAAUGUCUUGGACCCAUUUCUGCUGAAACUAAGUUCAUAACGUUGAGACAAGGCAACGAAGAGGAAAUGCAAUGAGACUAUUUUUAGAUACUCUGCAUAGUGACAAGAUUCAGUUGCAGCAAAUGAAGAUGAGGACAUGAGUGGCUCUAAAGACCCAGCGCUCCUACAAAAAUCCCAAUAUCAUUAGUUGAUGAUGAAUCCAAAAGUGUAUUGAACAUUUU